AUGCAAGAUCCUUUCUUCAGUGCCCCCACAACUACACGAAAGCGAAAACGUAUUGGAGCAGCAAGUAGAUCACAAAACAAAACGAAUACAGCAGCACCGAAACGUUCACGACAACAACAACAACAACAACGGAAUGGCAGAAAGAAACACGAUAGUGACGUUGAAGAAAACGGUGACGACGAUGAAGGAGGCAUUGACACAAUGAAUCUAUCUGGUGGCGAUUCUGAAUCGUCGGAAGAAGAGAUUGAAGAAACAGCUGCCGAGAAACGUGUUCGAUUAGCGAAGGCUUAUUUGGGAAAGAUUCAAGAAGGUCUUGACGAGGAUCUCGGUGGUUUUGAUGCUGCCGAUUUAGAUCGUGAUUUAAUUGCAGAACGAUUAAAGAAGGACGAGGACGAAUUGGAAGGCAGACUUCAUCGACGAGUAGCAGAUACUUUUGAUUAUGCAGCCAUUGACGAAAACAGCAUACAAAGCAAAAAAGGUCAUCAGCUUGCGGUUACUUCGGUGGUAUUUUCUGAAAGCGGCUCUAUUCUCUAUACCGCAUCUAAAGACGGUUCUAUCGUUAAAUGGGAUAUGAAAACAUUCAAAAAGCUGCACACAUUCCCAGGAGGACGAAAGGGCGUCAAGGAGUAUGUAGGACACACAGACCACAUUUUGUGCAUGGCGAUGAGCUCUGACGGUGAAUAUCUUGCCACCGGCGGGCGCGAUCGCAUCAUUAAUGUUUGGUCUGUGCAGGAAGAUAAGCAUAUCAUUGCAUUCAAGCAACACAAAGACACAAUUUCGGGCCUGGCGUUCCGUAAAGGACAUCAUCAAUUGUACUCUGCAUCAUGGGACCGAACGAUCAAGCUGUGGAACGUGGAUGAACGUGCAUACAUGGAAACCUUAUUUGGCCAUCAAGACCAGAUUGGCGAUAUCGAUACCCUUGGCCGCGAGCGAUGCGUCUCUGUUGGCGGCCGUGAUAAGACGGCACGAAUGUGGAAGAUUGUGGAUCAAUCACAGCUGGUGUAUCGCGGUGGUAUAUCCAGCAAGGAGAAAAAAGAGAAUGGUGCCCCCAAGUUUGCCGAGGGUUCGUUGGACUGCAUUGCACAGAUCGACGAAAAGAUGUUUGUAACAGGCGGUGAUGGCGGCGUCAUUUCAUUGUGGGAUAUUGGACGGAAAAAGCCAGUGUACUCCAUCUCACCUGCGCAUGGCGUAAACACAACAGUGAGCGAGAGCGAAGGAGAAAUCGAUACAGCUUAUUGGAUCACGGCGAUCGCAUCGCUGCGGUAUUCCGACUUGUUUGUUUCUGGUUCGUGGGAUGGAUUUGUGCGGCUCUGGAAAAUUGCACCGGACAAUAAGAGUUUCAGCCAAGUCGGUCAGGUGGCCGUUGCGGGUGUUGUCAACAGCAUCGAAAUUAAGACGGUGUUUCCAUCCAACCGCACCGUCAUUGCCGUGGGUGUUGGCCAGGAGCUGAAGUCAGGGCGCUGGUUGCGCCUGAAGAAGGGUGUCAAAAACUGUACAAAGAUCAUAGAACUACCUGAACUUGCUACUGCUAAAAUAUAAUAAUAAUAAAAAGGAAGGCAAAACAAAACCAUAUGACCAUCUGACUCCAGGGGCAAUGAUUUCUUUUAAAUCCCAACCCACCGGUUGCUGCAUUUUCUUUUGUCGCUCUUGUCUUCUUUCCCUUUUCUUUCUUUUUUGAAUAUUUUCAUGCGUUUAUCAUCCUUGGCGCUUGUCUCUGUAUCAUGUCUGUUUGGUCUUGCAAGGUCGAUUGAGAUACAGAUACCGUUUCGACAGCCAAAAGCGCUUGUUGAGGACGAGCUGUAUACGGCCACACAAGAUUGGCUCCAAGCAGACACACAGGCAAUGUCAUGCGCAAAGUGCAUUUCUCUCUUGCAAAUGGUCAAAAAUCUUUCUUACAUGUCCGAGAGUCUUCUUAUUGCCACCUUGGUGAGCGUAUGUCGACGGACACAGAAAGUGGAUACAGACGUCGUACGUAUAUCCUCCACCCUUAUCG